ACUUUUUACAAAUGAAUGCUUUUCGUCCGUCACAGUAUUAAAAUUUCAAUAAGAAGAGAAAAAGAACAAAGCGGAGGAAUAAAAUAAAGAAAGUCAACUGUAUGUUUAUUCCCAUUUAACAACAAAAGUUUCAACUCUGAAGAAGAGCAUAUUAUGUUCGGAACUGUCAAUUAUGAUAUAUCUAUUGUUAUACAUUUAUAUUUACAUUUAUGUAUUUUAUUUUACAUUGGUAAUUGUAAAUUAUAAUCUAUGUAACAUAUUUAAUGAAUUAAGCAACAAAAUAUUUUUAAAAUGACCAAUACAACCUUCUAAAGCGUAAUGAAUUUUCAUUCUCUCCUUACAACAACAGAAAUAGCUGUAUUCUGAUAAAAGAGAAUUAAUGGUGUUGCAUAAAGUUGAAAUAAGGUAUUCAUAACCUAUAAAACUUUAUUGAAGCUUGUGUUUGUAUUGACUGUAUUUUCUAUUAUUCAAACCCACAUCAAUUCUCCAAAAUUAGAUAUAUACGUGAAAAUCUGACAUUUCCAACACCAAAACAAUUUUGUAUAAUAAAAUGUAUUUUUCAAAAAUCUUACCAGAUGGGGCUCAAAGAUCCGUAGGUGGGGCUCAGCCCCAUCUGGCACCCCCCCCCCUGGCUCCGCCACUGAGAACGUUAAUUAUUGAUUUAAGUAUAUAAACAUUUUAGAUUGAUUUAUUUGAUUUACGCAAUUAAUGGAUUUGCCAGAUGAAAUUCUCAUUAUUAUUUUUAAGGAAUUAGGUACAAUUGAUGUUUUGAAUUUAGUUGAUAUAAAUCAACGAUUAGAUAAUAUUUUAUAUGAUCAUGAAGUAAUAAGCCAUUUAACAUUAUUCAGAUAUUCAUCAAAUAAUUAUAUUUAUCCAUUAGAUGAUAAGUUAAUUGAUUUAUUUUGUUUAAAAAUUUUACCUGAAAUUUAUCAUAAAAUAAAAUGGUUGAACCUUGAAGUGUCAUCUAUGGAACGUAUUCUUGAAAGAAAUUAUCCUAAUUUAUGUGGAAUUGGAUUAUAUAAUAUGGAUUCAGAUACAGCUUUAGAUUUAUUUUAUGAUAAUAGCUUCGAUGAUAAAGUAUUUUGCUAA